AUGAUCUUUUUUACCAGACUAUCUUCUGAGUCAUCACGGCCUUCCCAUGUUCGAUUCAACGUACCUAACAAUCCAUCAGACUCCAGCAGCAGCGACCACUCAGCUCAAGGUGAAAUCAAAGAAGAGUCACCCGAUGAUGUUAAAGAAGCUGAAGAGGGAUCGGAGAGUGAGAAUAAAGAAGAAGAAUGUAAGAAUAGACAAGAUUCGGAAAAAGAUGAAGCAGACAGCAAUAUGAACAGCUGCAAUUCUUACUCUAAAGACCUCAACGGCCUCAGCACGCCCGAGAUAGUGGUCUCGGACAAGUACGGCACGCAGGACUCGUCAGAGAGCGGCUACACGUCGGCGAGCGAGAUGGCGUCCUCCACCGACGCCUUCGAUCCCGGCGCGCUCGCUGAGCUCACGCAGAUGCGCCUGCUCCAAUUUAACUAUCACUAUAUUUUGGACCUUACCUUCAAUUAG